AUGCAACACCAGCAGACACGCGUGUGCGCAAGUCUCGGAGUUCUCGGAACGUCGAUCUCAUGGCGGCUCGUCCUCACUAAAACUAGACGCAGCCGAGUGAAACUACUCUUCUCCUUGGAUACGGAUAGGGCCGUAACAGGGUCCGAGAAUUCAGAAAGUGCGUGUGAAGGUAUAGCGCGUUAG